GAGACGAAUUCUUCUGAACCGAUUCGUCGUUUCUACCGACAACCAAUUGUCUUCUCUCCUGAUGACGUUUAUGAGACCAUUUUCGCUCCCCUUGCCUCUUUUACGAACGACCUGAAAAUUCAAAAGGUCCUCUCUCAUCUCACUUUGAGCUACAUUAACGAUCUCAAAUCUCGUUCCCUCUGCAUUGAUCACAUGCUUUACACUCUUUUGGUGGAAAGUCUUGUAAGAUCUCACGAUUUCUCACGUCUUGUCCACCUCCUUCGCUCGAAUGUCAUUGUCGAUUCAACAGAGGUGGCGAAUCAACUUCUCUCCAUUGAGUCUACUUUUCCUCCAGCUGGUCAACUGGCUCUCGACAUGCUUCGGGUAGCCAAAGCACUAGGCCCUUUUAUUAAUUACACCGAAACCCGUUAA